GAAUUUCACUUGCAAGGUAAACAUGAAUUCUUGUCUCUUGUUACCUGUUCACCAUUUAAGUUUCACAUGUUUUAAUUUGAAUUAAAACCGUUUAACAACAAUUUGACUUUCAAUUGUAUUUCUAACUGUGAUCUCAGUUUAAUUUUAAAUUUUCCAUCUUUGUGUUGGAUUAGUAGUACAAUAAUCAAAUUGAAAAAAAAUCAUCAUCUUGAGAUAUCAAAGGACAACCAACAAUUUAUAUUGACCAAAAUGUUUGGAUUACCUUUUGUGUUGGAUUUAAAAUUAACUAUUAAUUGUCUCCUAAUCUGCCAAAUAAUUUAUUCCUCCAAUGGUCAACAAAUGGACAUUUUCUCAUCACCGGACAUCUCACAUUAUGCACAAAUACUAGUUGAACCAUCUCAAAGUCAUCUUAUAAUCGGUGCAAGAGAUACUAUUAUCCGAUUGGAAACAAAUCACUUAAACAUAACAUCGGAAAAUAUCAUCAGUUGGCCUGCAAAUAAAGACGCAAUCACGACAUGUCGCAUGAAAGGUCAAUCGGAAUCUCUUUGUCGAAAUUAUGUCAAAGUUUUAUUAGGGAAAAAUAUAACAUCAUCAUCGACGAUCAUAUCAGCUGAUGCAAACUCGACAAUAUCACCAACGAUAACUUCAUUAUCAUCUAACGAUUCCGUCGAUAUAUUUGUUUGUGGUACUAACGCAUUUCGACCUGUUUGUUCAUGGAGAAAAUCUGAUUCUUUAAACUCUAUCGAAUCUGAAGACGAUGCCUCAGGCAAAUGUCCUUACAAUCCCUCAUGGAAUACAACUUCACUGUUCACCAGUCGAGGUAUUUAUUUUUACUUUGGGCCAAUGGAUUCUCAAGGUCAUGAUAAUGCAGUUCUACGAUCUCGACCUUCAAAAUCAUCAACGAAAUGGGCACGAACCAUAGCAGCCGAUACUCGAUUCAUUAAUCAUGAUGCUUCAUUUAUCACUUCGUUUGAACGAGAUGAUUUUGUUUACUUUAUUUUUCGUGAAUCAGCAAUUGAAUACAUGAAUUGUGGUAAAACGAUUUACUCAAGAAUCGGCCGAUUGUGUAUCGGUGAUAAAGGUGAACGAAGAUCAUCCGGACGCUAUUUGACCACAUUCGUAAAGACGAGAUUGAACUGUUCACUUCCAGGUCAAUUUCCAUUCUAUUAUGAUGAAAUUCAAUCAGCCUUUUAUACCAAUGGUACAAUUUAUGGUGUUUUCUCAACUCCAGAGAAUAGUAUCCAUGGUUCCGCUAUUUGUGCCUUUACAAUUUCCUCCGUUGAAAAUGCAUUUCAAGGGCCAUUCAAGCACCAAGACACACCAGGGUCCAUGUAUAAGCCUGAAUAUAAUAAGGACAUCGCCUCACAAUUUUCAUGUAGCCCCAAUUCUGGAAAAACGGAUCAAAUCCGAAACCAGGCUAAAUACCAGUUGAUGGAUCGUUCAGUUGGUACACCCGAGGGUCGACCGCUUUUAAUUGAGAAGGCCAAGUUAACUCGAAUCGUCGUUGAUUCAAUACGAACGUUACAUUAUUCUCAGGUGACUGCUUUGUUUGUUCUAACCAAUGGAAAUCGAUUACGUCGUUAUACCGUUUGGCCUGGAUCGUCUCGAGCUUGUUUCGUUUCUGAAUGGGAUUUGUUGUUACCUGUUAAUGAUUCGGUGAUUUCUAUGUCCAUGGUUCCUCUUGCACACUCAAUUUAUUUGGGAACAAUUAAAUCACUGAGAAAAGUUUCCAUGUCAAAUUGUAAUGAAUUUAAAACUAAAUCAACCUGUUUGAAUUCAGGUGAUCCUUAUUGUGCCUGGAAUAAAGUUGAUGGGAUUUGCGGGCGAUUUAAUGAUUUGGGAGCAAAUUUAAAUGACAUUUGGUUACAAAAUGAAGAUGUUACUUGUGGUGAAAGGUCAAAAGUGGUAGACUGGUCACCUUGGUCUGACUGGCGAUAUUGUUCAAGAUUAAAUGUCAAUGGAAACAGUUCAUCUGAGUGUUUAUGCCGUUCACGAAGUUGCCUUUCUUUGGGUUGUAAUGAUCCAGAAGAGAUUGAAGUUUCCAAUUGUACCGUUCAUGGUGGAUGGACAUUAUGGUCUGAAUGGACACCAUGUACAACUCCUUGUGGCUCCGAGGGAACCAAAACUCGCUCUAGAAGCUGUACCAAUCCAACACCCGAACAUGGUGGGUCAAAUUGUGUUGGAGCUUCGUUUGAAAAGAUUCAAUGUUUAGAUAAUCCUCCAUGUACCACCACAACCACCACCACCUCGACAACAACAACUACAACCUCAUCCAGUUUAUCUGAUGGUGUGGACGAUGAUGGAGAUAAUGGUUGGACCUUCGCUGAAUGGGAGGAAUGUCCAGUUAAAUGUGGCGGUGGUGUUCAGAUUCGUCGACGUAUUUGCUCAGACCCUUCGCCUCGUGUAAAUCGUUGCCGAGGAUGUGAUAUGGAAUGGAGACUCUGUAACACUGAACCUUGUAAAGAAGUUCGUCGAACCUAUGAGACACCCUGGUAUCGAGUUAAUUUUACACUUGACGGAAGUGAAUCAAUAGAGGAACGAUUAAGAUUCACUUGUAAAGCCUUUAAUUUACCCGAAGAAACUGAUCUUACAUUAGCUUCACGUCGAGAGGAGCGAACUGUCCCAUUAAAUUGGUCCGAAUGUUCAGUUAAAUGUGGCAAAGGAGUUCAAUUCAUGUACACAGGGUCAAUUUACCUGAAAAGAGUUUGUGAUACCAAAAUCGAUUGUAUCGGCUGGUCAUCUUGGUCUAAAUGGUCAAAUUGUAUAAACGGUGAAAGAAUACGAGUUCGAACAUGUAACCAAAAAGAGAAAUGUGAAGGUUCAGAAGAGGAAAGAAUACCCUGUACAUUAACAUCGAUUAACAACAAUAACAAAGGUCUAAAUUCAGUUGGAGAUGAUUAUUCAUCUGAUCCGAUAAUCGAUAAUAACGAUUUAAGCUCAUCAGGAAAAGGAACCAUUGAAGGAAUUGGAAACAUCGGCGAUGAAGAUUCAUCAUCAUCAUCUUCGUAUCGUUUAGGUGGUUUUAUAUCAGCUGUUGGUCCAUCGUCAUCUCUAUUUGAUGAAACAAACAAUUAUAAUCAACCUGGUAAUCCAAAUAUCGGCGGUUGGUCAACUGGUCUUCUAAUCCUGUUCACUUGUAUCGCUUUGAUUGUGGGCACUUUAAUUGGUACUCUAGUGACCUACACAAUCAUGAGACGAGCCUCGUUAAUGGAAGGAGAUAAUUCAAAAUUAAGUCUUAAAUUGUUCACAUCACACAAUUCAAAUGAGCUGAAAAGCUGUAAUCCUUAUGUGACCGCCGAUCACUUUAGGAUAUCAAAUCUUAAUCCAUCUUCAUCGGCAUCAACGUGUUUACUCAAUGGUGUCGGUAGACCUUCAUCAUUAACUUCGGCAUCAUCGCCGAUGCUUAAUUAUAGCCCAUCAAAGGAGGCAACAGUUAAAAGAGCUUCAACAAUUAGAGCUAAAUUAAAUUCAGACCAAAAUUUUUGAGGAAACAAAUUUCAAACUCAUUCGCUGUAAAUAGAUAAUCAAUCUCAUCCAUAAUUUGUACAUCAUCUUCAUCUUCAUCAUCUCUUGACCAUCAAAACACCUUGGACCUAAUGGUCAACAUCAUCUUCAUCUUCAUCUUUAUCAUCAUCAUCAUCAUCACGAAAAAGAAAAGCUAAUCAACUUUGUACAUAUGAAUUGUUUUUUUUACUCUUAUGUUUAUCACUACAAUUUGACCAACAAUUAAUAGAUUGUCAUAUAUAAAUUGUCAAACAACUAUUACAAUAACAAUCAAAUGAUUAAUGAUUCAUUAAUUGUAAAAGUUAAUGAGUUCAUUAGAAGGUUUUUCUUUUUAAAUUAUUACAACAAUUAUCAAUCAGAUCCCCUUUUACCUUCACUCAAGUCAAUUUAUAAUUAUUAUCAUUACUGUCAAGUUAAUUAUCAUUCAAAUUGAAACGUAUUAUUUGAUUAAUCAGUUAGAAUUGAUUGUAAUUUACUGCCAAUUGUUUAUGUAAAAAGAUUUAAUUGUUUGACAAUCUAUCAGUUCCUUUUUCUGUUAAUUGAUACUCUCAAAUGUAAUUAUAAAUCGUCUUACAAUUGA